AUGGGGCUUUUAUCGAAGUUCAGAUCCGACCGAAAGAAAGGUCACAACAGAUCCGAGACUUCAUCGAGCUCGAUCAUUGGAAGUGACUUCCUGACCACUGGUUCGGACUCGUCUCACUCUUCAGCUGAUACGAACUAUAAGAACUUCUACCAUCAGAAGCAUCAUAGCCAAAAUGGACUUCAGGGCAUCAAUUCUCCCAAUUUGAACGGGACAAUUCCAGCUGCAUUACAACCCCAAUUUGCCAAGUCUCAACAACAGCAACAACAACAACAACUGACGCUUCUGCUGCUGCCUCAGAGAAAGCCUCCAGUUGGUAUGAAUCCCACGAUUUCUUCUCCUGGUGUGUCUACUCUCGAGCCACAAACUCCAAGAAACCUCACUCCAAUUGAACAGCAGACCCUUUACUCGCCUAAAAUAAGAAAGCCUGUCUCAGCUAAGGCUUCACCUGCUAGUCAAUCGAAUAGUCAAAAUGGUCACAUGAAGAGCCCAAGCUACUCCAAAAGUCCAUUGUCCAAUCUGCAUGUACCUGAAAGAGACUACACUACUGCUGCAAGACCGCUAGGCACAAGCAGCCGUGGUCACUCCAGAAACAAUAGCGAUAUCAACACUCCUUUCUCGUUGGACCCAAUGGCUCAGUCUUUGAGGACUGUUAGCCGUUCCUCCUUUGCGGUUACCGGAAGUGUCAUGAGUGAGUCAGACUUCACUAGCUAUGAGGAAGAAGAUGACGACGAAGAUGACGUGUCGCCUGUUGAUCCUCAGCAAAGCAAGUUGGAAGCUCAGAGGCAGUUCUUCGCCCAGCCUCCGGAACAAGUGGAUAGCCAGAAACCGGAGCAGGGUAAGGAAAUGACGGCACAAGAGUAUGCUAGAAGACAACAAUUGAAUCAGCUGCAACAACUGCAACAGUACCCACAGCCAUAUCAGCAACAUCAGUACAACCAGCAAUAUCCUCAGCAAUAUCCUCAGCAGUACAACCAGCAGUACUCGCAGAAUUACGCUCAGCAGCACCCUCAGCAGUCCUCGUAUGGGCAUCUCCCUUCACUUCAUUCUGAAGAUGAUGUGAGAAAGGCGCCUGCUGGGAUGCUCUCAAACACUGGUAACACCUUUAACAAAAGUGGCUCUCCAUCUGAUUUACUCUCAAGAAAAUCUACUAUCAAGUCAAGCAGACGUUCUUCUGUACCUUUUUCAGUUACAGAAUCCAAGCCAAUGGUCGGUGACCGUAGGGCUAGUAGAGUCAUGUCUGAUAAUAAGGAGAACUCUGAACAAGGCAUUUCACAUAGCAGCCUGGGAUUGAGUUUAAACCCUAAUAAUUAUAGAUACAUUUCAGAUUAUGAAAAGUUUUUUGACGGUGGUGAAGAGGAUGAAGUCUCUCCAAUGGAAAAAAUGGGCCCUAGUUUAGGGAAUAAAAACGUAGAUAAAGAUGACCCUAAGGUGAAGAGGCUGGACUCCAUGGGCUCCGAAGGGUCAUACAAUUCCAUUGAAAGAGGUGACUCAGGUAAGUUCAAAGUUGGUUCUAAGGAAGAAAGAUUAGAAAGAAUUCAAUCGAAUACCAAAAAAUUUGAUGAAGCUUCCAAAGCCAACCAGAGGAUGUUAAGUGAACAAAGGAAGAGAGCUUCCACUCCAAACUUAAGGUCCUUCCUUGAUAACAACUCUUCGCACUUUGUAAAUGAUUAUUCAAAUAUGAACAAGAGUACCAGCUUCAACUCUCCAAGAAUGAGUAUGAUGGAUUUUGGAGGACCUUCAAAUCCAUAUGGCCACAUUCCACUUGGAACUAGUGGCUACGCGGGCUCGGUUUAUAAUAUGGGAGCUAACACGGAGUACAAUGGCUCUUCAGCUGUACAAAGGCAAAAUCUUGCCAAUGCAGAAGCCCAUAGAAGAAGCAUGUAUCAAUUACCAUAUUCGAACAUGUAUGGUCACCCUCACCAACAUAUGAUGAUGAGUGGUCCGCCAAAGGCACCUUCAUCUGUGUAUGGUGGUGUCAGUAGAUCAUCCUCACCAUCCAGAUCUGUUGCUCGUGUACAGGGUACUAGGAUUAAUGACCCUAACAUCAUAAAGAAGAUUGAAAAUUAUGUUGCAUUGCGUAAGGUCAUUGCUUCAGGUAAUAAAUCGUUGGAGUAUAGAUUAAAAUGGGUAAAUAUGUUGAUCAAUUCCACUAAUUCAAGACUUUACAAUUACAUCAACAUUAAAGGUGAACCCAUUAACCCUGAAUCAAUUCCACAACAUAGAGCAUUAUUUAUUAAAUCAUCUAUUAAUCACACUUUGAAAUUAUUGAAAGAAAGUGAGAAGAACGAAGAGUACGAAGAAAUAUUCUCUGAUAUCUGUUAUAUCUAUGGAUGUCUCUUGAAGAAUGACUGGGUGCCAUUGUAUGGUCAAAAUUUCGGCAUCGAAAGAGAUUGUGAUGAAGCUCUCAAGUACUUUGAAAAAUCUGUCGAAAUUAGAGGUAACAACUUCAAGAGUUUCUAUAAGUUGGGUGAAUUAUAUGAAGAUGAUUUAGGUGAUUUGGUUGAAAAUCCUACCGAAAUUGCCUUGGGUCAUUACAAGAAAUCUGCUCAAUAUGGUUAUAAUAAGGCAAUCUUCAGAAUUUCCAUGAUAUAUUUGAACGUUGAGCAAUUUAGAUCUUACAAGUGUGUCAAUUACUUGUUAGACUUAGCAAACAUAGACGUUAACUCCAAAGAUAUCAACUUGGAAGAUGAUGAUAGGGAUGAAUUGAAUCAUGUUGUGGGCAUGGCAGCAUACCAAGUUGGUAAAAUCUAUGAAGGGUUAUAUCCUGGUGACUUAUCCCCAGAUAGUGAAUUCAUCUCUAAAUGUUUAAUCAGAGCACCAGUUAACUAUGGUAAAGCGCUCACGUACUACAAUAAGGCAUCUAAAUUACAAAAUCUUGAUGCUCAAGUAAAGUUAGGGCAAGUGUACGAAAAUGGAGAAUUGAACCGUCAACAAAACCCUGAUAAGUCUAUUCAAUGGUUCUUGAAGGCAGCAUCAUCCCAGAUUCCAUCCAAGAGGCACCCAGAUGCAAUGCUUGGAUUAUCUAGGUGGUAUUUGAAGGGUAGUGGAGGAUUAAACAGAAUUAUCCCAUAUCCGGAGCCACAGAAGGCAUUGGCCUGGUGUGAUCGUGCUGUUUUGACAGAACUGCCAGAGGCCUUUUUCACUAGAGGAUUAUUGGCUGAACAGGGCUUAGGCAUAGACCCUCCGGAACAGUUCUACCAAAGAGCAUUUGAAAUGGGUCAUUAUGAAGCAGGAGUCAAGUUAGGAUACAACGAGCCAACUCAACCUCCAGCAAUUUUGCCCACAGAUGAGCCUGGCAAUGGUUUAUACGAUUUUGACAGCCAAUAUGAAAUCCAGAGUCCACAAUUAAGUGAAUAA